AUGCUAGGGGAUCUAACUAUCAAGUUACCUCUGAUUGAUGCGAUCCAGAUGAUACCUUCUAUGCGCAGUUUGAUGAAAGGUUUGAUCUCCGGCAAGAUAACUGCGGACAGUGAGCUAUUAUUGGUUUCAAAGGAGUGCAGUGCAGUACUUCAGAACAUGCCGAUUAAUAAAUUGGGUGAUCCAGGCAAGUUUGUUCUCUCAAUACAAAUUAGGAAAACAGUAUUCGCUUGUUCUCUUUGCGACUUGGAUUCCAGUCUCAACCUCAUGCCUUACUCUGUGGCAAAACGACUGGGAUUCACAUACUUCAAACAAACAAGAAUCUCCCUGGUGUUCGCGGACAGAUCAGUCAAGUCACCGGUGGGUAUUCUAGAAGAUCUCCAUGUCCGAGUGGGUAACACCUUUGUUCCGACAAAUUUUGUGGUUCUAGAGGUUGACGAAGAACCAAGAGAUCCACUCAUCAUGGGUCGUCCUUUCUUGUGCAUGGCUGGUGCGAUUAUUGAUGUUCGAAAGGGAGGAUUGAUCUUCACCUGGGGGACAUCGCGAUGA